CCAAUCGGAGUGCCCGAGCCUGGGGUCUCAGCACUCAUUCUGUCUUUCGAGAAGGAGUGCCUCGAAUAGCUCGUUCGGUCCGAACGGGCACUUAGUUCAGAAAUUCCACUGCGCGCAAUAAACGAGGACGGUAAACGAGUGUGAACCGAUCACCCUGUCAGCUUUGUGGAAGGUCGUGCGUGUUGCCAGUGGAUCGAGCGUUAGCUGAAACAUCGGCAGCAACCGCAGACCAGGAUAAGCCACAACAUGGAGGUCUCGGCAGCUUGGCUACUGACCAUCUUCUUGGCCAUCGCUACCGUCACAGAAUCCGCCACUAUUCAAUCUACAACGACCGAGACUGUUCCAUCAUCUUCAUCUAGUACGGAGUUUCCCCGUAUCAACGAAAUAAAUGAAACUACAGUUGAGCCUGUGAAGACAACAUCAAAAAGCAAGCUUGCGGAUUAUGCUAGACCUUACACGAACGUGAAAGAUAUACUAAUGCAAGAGAUUCGUACCUUGGACAAAGAUUCUUCUGAUGCUAAGACCCAGGAAGAAGUGGCGGAAACCUUCAAAGCCGAAGCACAAAGGGACCGCGCAAACUUACAAAUUAAGACGACCGCACGACCGAGCCAGUCGACGACAGAAGAAGAAGAUUCAGCGGAGGAAGGCGAAGAAUUGAAGAAAUUUGACGACGUAUCCUACGAGGAUGAGGAUAGCGAUGAGGAGGACGAGGAUGGUGAUUAUGAUGAUGAGGAGGAUUCAGAGGAGGACGAACUCGAAGAGGACGAGGAAGUCAUAACGCAGUGUCCUAAUUACUGCAAAUGUGCCGGCCAAUACGCCGCUGCAAUGACCGCAACAUGCACCAAGUUGGUGGAUGAACAAUCGUUCGGGCCAGGCAUCGCUCAUCUGCGAAUCGAAAACGCCGGCGAGAUUCGACUCGGGCCGAAUGCCUUGCGUGCUCGCGGUCUCCAGCAAUUAGAAUCAAUCACUAUCAGCGACACGCGUAUAAUCGAAUUGGAUCGUACAGCCUUCAACGGCAUUCUGUAUCUGUUUGCCGUGAAUUUGACGCGCAACGGUCUUGAGGAUAUCCAUCCUAAUACUUUCCAGAACAACACGCAACUCAGUCUGCUCACGAUCUCCGGCAAUCCACUUAGGCAUAUGCAAGACUCCAAGUCGACGAAGCACUAUCUGUUGCAUGCACCGUCGAUCACCGAUUUCGAUUUCUCCAACAACGGUAUACUACGGCUGAAACGCACCGCUUUCUCCAAGAUGCACAGCCUCAAUUAUAUCAAUCUGCGUGGCAACAGACUGAGGGAGAUCGACAGCACUAUUUUUGAUUUGCUGGACUCGCUCAUGGAGGUAGACCUGUCAGACAACCUUCUAAGUGAGCUGCCGAUUGACCUGUUCGGCAAGGAUGUGCAAACUCUUCGCGUUGCUGGAAAUAAUCUAUCGACGUUGGCUACUAUAAGCGCCUCGAAAUUGACGAUGCUCGAUGCUUCGAGAAAUAAAAUCAAGGUGAUCGCCAAAGAAGAUCUGGAUGGCGUACCAUUGUUGGAACAACUGCAUAUCAAGUCGAACAAUCUGAAGAGGAUUCACCAGCAUGCUUUCAGCAAUCUCGAUCAGUUGACGUAUCUGGACAUCAGCGACAACAAGCUCUCCUUAUUGACUGAGCAUCAUUUCAGAGCCAACCCGAGACUGCAAGUUCUGCUGAUGAACGACAAUCCCGCUUUACAAAUUCUUCCAGUUUUCAAAGUUACUGGUUUGGAAUAUGAUACAUUCAGCAUCUUCCGUUUCGAGUGCGCGAAUUGUGGUCUGGAUAGUCUUAAACCAGGCACAUUCGAUGAAAUGCCAGCGCUGACUCGGCUGAAUCUCGCGAGAAAUCGUUUGAGCGCUUUACCUGAGGGACUCUUGGAGCGUUUAUCGUCUCUGCGAGAACUGGACCUUUCCGACAACAUCAUCUCCACCCUUCAACCCGGAAUGUUCCGUGGUGCCCAGAGCUUGAGCAAACUGAGCCUUGCGCGCAAUCCAUUGAGAACAUUACAAGUGACACCGUUCCUGGACGCUCCAGGACUCAUCAAAUUGGACGUGAGUCGAUGCAACCUCGAGCGUGUCUGGAGUGAAGCUAGAGUACCAUUGAAGAGUGUUCGAUUCAUGUCGGUUCGUGGUAACCUUCUGCGACGAAUCACCACGGAGGAACUGAAGGCUACGCCGAAACUUACUGGUCUGGAUUUAUCGCACAAUCCUCUGGAUUGUGACACCGAAUUCAACGACGCCGUGCAAUGGCUCACUGAUCACGGUGUCGCACCGACAGAAACGCAUAAAUACGCCACUGAUUUCUCUAACAUUGAUGACGACGCCGAUUCGACGGGCAUCAGUCAAUGGACGGAUUUGGCGAAGAUAGUGUGCAGUGGAAUGGACGCUGGUCCACCACCCAGAUCAUUCCCUGGCAAAAGCACGGAGGCACCAAAAGAUGUUUUCUUGGGACUCGAUGUCCCAGACGACUUCGAUUCUGUAUUGAGAAACGAGCUCGACAAAGCGGAGGAGCUGCUCAAGAUGGACAUCGAUCACGGUAUGCGACAUGCCGACGAUCCGCGACUUUUGGAGGAUCAAGACUACGACGAUAACUUCACGAUCACGGAAUACCAUUGGUACAACAUAAAACCAGGCUUCAAAGUUUGGUUGAUUUCCGGUUGCAUUCUGUUCGUUCUGGUCAUCUUCUUGCUGGUAGCACGCAUUGCCUGCUGCCUAGCAAACAAGCGAGGACGCGGCCCUGUUCUAAGGCCACCUCUGAUCCUUCGUCAAGGUCUGGUUGACAACAAGAACUGCGGUUUGGUGUACAAACCUCUGCAAGAGGAAAUAGCCACACCUCACAUGCCGAAACGAGGUAGCUUCUAUUCGAGCAGCACCUUCCACUACGACAAGAUCGUGCCAGAAAGUGUAUAGAGGAAACCUCUUGUUUCCUGGUUUUAAAUGACCAAUGAUGAGGCAAUUGGCAGAUAUGAUUGAUCGUGAUUCAUGCCGCCGAAGGCCACUUUGCCUCACAAAUCAAGAGAAAUUCUUUAUAGACUGUUAUUGGACGAACGAUGAAGCCAAUCUGAUUAAGGAGAAAAUAAACGAGUCAUUCUCAGGAAAAUAUGUUAAAGAUUUCUAAUUAGACAGAUUUCUGUUUGUUCAAUAGCUCACAAAUUUAUACACACGUAUGUAUAAUUGCGUCGACAAGUUGUUCUCAUCAUUUCUUCACUGAAAGAUUACAACAUAAAAAAGAGCAUAAAUAUAAUUACUGAACGAUUUUGACUUCUCUGAACUAGUAAAAAUGGCAUAAAAUUGGGAGAAUACAAAUUUUUCUUAGGCUUUGUCGUACUUGUAAAGUUCACACGCAAAGUGUGAUUAAUUAAUAAGUUUACUGUUAUUAUUAACGCAAAGACAAUGCCUGAUAGAAGUUAGAUAUUCAAAAUAACUUAGACAUAAAUCGCAAUACUAUCUUGCAGUGUUAUGCAUAAGAUCUUUUUACAAGGAAUAAAAAGCUACAUUUUAUUAAAAAGAAAAAAAAAAGUAUGAAAAGUUUCAUAGUGAAGUACUUACUAUUCAUAACGCCAUAUCUUACGAUUAAGCAUUAAGAUUAAUAGUAAUGAUUAAGUAAGCGACGGCUAAUGAAUUUUGAAGUGUUAUUUAAAGAGAAACUGCCUCGAAUAUGUUUAAUAAAGUAUAGAAAUUAUAAGUAAAAAUAUAUAUCAAUAUCGUGUUAAUUGGGCAUGUUCAAUGAUGAUCGGUGAUGGGCGAAUGAGAAAAUUGCAAAUGUCGGAUGCAAAGCUACAGGAAGUGCUUCCUAUAGAAUGGUCAUAGUAAUAUAUGUCAAUCAACAGUGCUACAGCCUGUUAAUAAAACUCGAAAACUCUACUGUACGAAACUAAUAUCUCGUAAAGCGAAUGUCGCUACUACGCAAACUCAAUCCUGCUGCUAUAUAUACACUGUAAAUAAUAUGUGUCAUUUUAAUAAAAUUUUAUUAAAGCCAA